AUGCCUCCGAAAUGCAGCAGCAAUGGCAAGGCCCUCAGUGCCCAACCAUCACCAGUACAAGAGCACUUCUCAACCGAGGAGCUACAGAGGGACCAACAAAGAGCUGGGGAGCGAGCGAAACGACUCGACACGAAGCGACGGACGCAGUUCUUCGAAGAUCAAUUCCGGUAUAAGGCAGGAGACAGCUCGGGCAGAGAGAAUGCGUUGAAUAAUUCCCCCGUGGUUGCAGACCUCCGGACCAAUGUGAUCGUUAAAGACGAAUACAGCCUCGUCACCGAUCUGUCCAACACCCUCUCUGGCCGGUACCGCCGUUCCGAGUCGUCCAUCAUGGUCAACCUCGAGCACUCCGCCUGCCUCAUCCUCGGCGGUUCGUUUGAGCCCGGAUAUCUCCUCACCAUCACCGCCUGUCCCUCCCUUCUUCAACCCGCCACCAACAAGCGAAACGUCGCACUCCUCCAAAAGUACCUCACCGAUCUCCUUGGUGUGUCCGCCGAUCGAGGCAUCAUCAAAUUUGUCGCCAUCCCGGACGAAUGUCUGGCCAUCUCCGGCCGUACGGUCCGCUCGGAGAUCGAGCGUCUCCAAGGCAAAGAGCCCAGGGAGGAACCGACGGACAAACCCACCUUAGCCAACCGAAUGAGCAGAAACUUAAGCAACCGGAGGAAGUCCCGGAAAUCAAUGACACUCAAACCACAACCCUCCGGAAUUGACCGCAUCACACCUCCUCUUCCCAGUCCCGUGCCGUCACGUACUCCAUCUUCCCCUGAACCCCCGAAGACCGGGUAUUCCAAUGGAGAUGUAAGAGGACCGAAGCCGAAUGACUCUUCAAUGAAGACGAAUUCAUAUGCAGACUCGGCCAUUGGACCUACCGACCUCGGACGCAACCCAUCAUCAGUUUCGAACCAGGCCGGCGCUGGAGCUCAUCAUCACGCACUGCCGAAAUUCAAGCCACCACCCAUCCCGAAAGAUCGGGCAAUGGUGGAAGAUAAGGCGGUUCGCAAUCGCAAGAGUCUAAGAGAUAUAUUCAAACGGAAACAGUGA